UAUAAAGGCCGCAAUUACAAACCAAAGACUCUGCACUCUGAGACAGAGCCUUCACACAAAACAUGGAGAUGGAGUGGACUAGAGGCUUCAUCAUAGGGCGUGGCUCAUCAGCCACCGUCUACACUGCCACCUCCUCCUACUCCUCCACUGUCGCCGCCGUCAAGUCGGCAGAGCUAUCACCAGCAAACUCAGAACAACUUCAGAGAGAACAGAGGAUCCUGUCUUCUCUGUUCUCUCCCCACAUAGUUACCUACAAAGGGUGUAACAUUACAAGAGAAAACAACAACCUAUGGUUCAACCUCUUCAUGGAGUACAUGCCCUUUGGUACCCUCAUGCAGGAAAGUCGCCGGCACGGUGGCCGGCUCACUGAGUCAGCAAUCGUGCGGUACACACGACAGGUCCUGCAGGGGCUAGAGUACUUGCACGACAAAGGUGUUGUGCAUUGCGAUAUCAAAGGUAGCAACAUUUUGAUUGGUAACGAUGGGGCCAAGAUUGGAGACUUUGGAUGUGCCAAGUUUGCAAAUGAGUCUCCGGUGGCGAUCGGCGGCACACCGAUGUUCAUGGCACCAGAGGUGGCGCGUGGGGAGGAGCAGGGGUACCCUGCUGAUGUGUGGGCACUUGGGUGCACUGUGGUUGAAAUGGCCACUGGGUUUGCACCUUGGCCUAAUGUGGAAGACCCUGUCACAGUGUUGUACCGUAUUGCAUAUUCCGAUGAGUUACCUAACAUUCCUUGUUUUCUGUCUGAGGAAGCAAAGGAUUUCUUGGGGAAGUGUUUUAAGAGGAAUCCUAACGAGAGAUGGAGUUGUAGUCAGCUUCUGAAGCAUCCGUUUCUUGGGGAAUUCAGUUCCAAUGAUAAGGAAAUUCAGGAACCAAAUUCAUGUUCUCCAACAAGUAUUCUUGAGCAGGGCUUUUGGAAUUCUAUGGAAGAGGCAGAGUCAGAGGUAGAGUGUGUAUCUUGCCAUUUGGUUCAUAAAAAUUUUGAGGAUUCUCCAAAUGGUAGGAUCGAAAGGUUAGCUUUGUGUUCAGGGGAUCCUCACAUUUGGGAAUCGGAUGGUGAGAAUUGGAUCACAACUAGGGGCAGUGAAGUAGGGACAUUAACUAGUAAUGGAUUGGAUUUGGAUGUUAAUAAUAGAAUUAGUGGUUACUUUUGUGAUGAUCAUAAAUGUAGGGAUGUAAGUGUUGUAGUUGACAGUCUCAAUUUUGAGAGAGGCAUUUCCAAGAUGUUUCUCCCUUCAACAUUGGAUUUUUUAUGAUUCAAUUAUAAGUGAACUUUUUUCCCCACAGUGUUGCAUUAUAUGCCAGCGUUUGCAGUUAUUGUCCAAUUUUCUUUCACG